AAGAGGAGCCGUACGGAGCGCAGUGAGCUGGCGGUGGAGGCGAUCAGAGUCUCAGCAGAGCUGACUCCUCAAAAGCCAUGGCUGAAGGGGGUGAAGGAGGGGAAGAUGAAAUACAGUUCCUACGAACUGAUGACGAAGUAGUACUUCAGUGUGUUGCCAGUACUCACAAAGAACAAAGGAAGUUUUGCUUGGCAGCUGAGGGACUUGGGAAUCGUCUGUGCUUCUUGGAACCAACAUCAGAAGCUAAAUAUGUUCCUCCAGACCUUUGCAUCUGCAAUUUUGUCCUUGAACAGUCCCUCUCUGUCAGAGCCCUUCAGGAAAUGCUGGCCAACACAGGGGAUAAUGCUAGUGAAGGGGCAGCACAAGGGGCUGGUCACAGGACCCUGCUGUAUGGCCACGCGAUACUACUUCGACAUUCGUUUAGUGAAAUGUAUUUGACGUGUUUAACAUCAUCAAGAUCCCAAACAGAUAAACUUGCAUUUGAUGUGGGACUACGAGAAAAUGCAGCAGGAGAGGCGUGCUGGUGGACGAUACACCCUGCUUCUAAACAAAGGUCAGAAGGAGAAAAAGUUCGAAUAGGUGAUGAUCUUAUCCUGGUCAGUGUGUCCUCUGAAAGAUACCUGCAUCUAUCCAUGUCAAAUGGAAGUAUUCAGGUGGAUGCCUCCUUUAUGCAGACACUAUGGAACGUACAUCCUACAUGCUCAGGAAGCAGUAUUACAGAAGGAUAUCUUCUUGGUGGGCAUGUACUACGUUUUUUCCAUGGCCAUGAUGAGUGUUUGACAAUUCCAUCUACUGAUCAGAAUGAUUCACAGCACAGGAAAGUUCUUUAUGAAACUGGAGGAGCUGGUGUUCGAGCAAGGUCUUUGUGGAGGAUAGAACCCCUCCGAAUAAGCUGGAGCGGAAGUAACAUCAGAUGGGGAGAGCCUUUCCGUCUUCGACACAUCACAACAGGAAAGUACUUGGCUCUGAAUGAAGAUGAAGGACUUGUAAUGUUAGACAGAGAAAAGUCAGACACAACAUCUACUGCUUUUUGUUUUAGAGCAUCAAAGGAGCUAAAAGAAAAGCAGGAUUCUAGUCUUAAACGAGACAUUGACGGGAUGGGAGUCCCAGAAAUAAAGUAUGGUGAUUCGGUCUGUUUUGUCCAACAUGUGGCCAGUGCCUUGUGGUUGACUUACAAAGCACAAGAUGCUAAAACAGCGCGUUUAGGUCCCUUGAAAAGAAAGGUUAUAUUACACAAAGAAGGUCAUAUGGAUGACGGUCUAACCUUACAAAGAUGUCAGCAGGAGGAGUCCCAGGCUGCUCGAAUCAUCCGCAAUACUACAAGCUUAUUCAGCCAGUUUAUAAGUGGAAACAACAGGACACAAUCACCCACUGCCCUGCCUAUUGAGGAGAUGGCUCAGACUCUGGAAGACCUAAUUACUUACUUCCAGCUUCCCGAAGAAGACCUAGAUCAUGAAGAUAAGCAAAGCAAACUUCGAUCACUCAAAAACAGACAAAAUCUUUUCAAAGAAGAGGGAAUGCUGGCACUCGUUUUGAAUUGCAUUGAUCGCUUCAAUGACUACAACAGCGCAGCUCAUUUUGCAGGAAUUGGAAGAGAAGAACGUGGUACAACAUGGAAAGAAAUUUUGAAUCUCCUUUACAAAUUGUUAGCUGCUCUCAUUCGUGGCAACAGAAACAAUUGUACUCAGUUUUCCAGUAACCUCGAUUGGCUAAUAAGUAAAUUGGACAGAGUAGAAUCUUCCUCAGGUAUUUUGGAAGUGUUGCACUGCAUCUUGAUUGAAAGCCCAGAAGCUUUAAAUGUGAUAGCUGAGGAGCACAUCAAAUCGAUUAUUUCAUUGUUGGAUAAACACGGGCGCAAUUACAAGGUUCUAGAUGUGCUUUGCUCUCUCUGUGUCUGUAAUGGAGUUGCAGUUCGUGCCAAUCAAAACUUGAUCUGUGACAAUCUGCUACCUAGAAGAGACUUACUUCUGCAAACACGUUUGAUUAAUGAUGUCACAAGCAUAAGGCCAAACAUAUUUCUGGGUGUUGCUGAGGGCUCUGCACAAUACAAGAAGUGGUACUUUGAGUUAAUAAUUGAUCAGGUUGAUCCAUUCUUGACGGCAGAACCCACCCAUUUACGAGUUGGAUGGGCCUCAACUUCAGGUUAUGCCCCUUAUCCCGGAGGUGGAGAAGGAUGGGGAGGCAAUGGUGUUGGUGAUGACCUGUACUCCUAUGGUUUUGAUGGCCUUCAUCUGUGGUCUGGUCGAGUACCCAGAGCUGUAGCAUCUGUCAACCAGCAUUUAUUAACAUCUGAUGAUGUGGUUAGCUGCUGCUUGGAUUUAGGUGUACCCAGCAUUUCAUUCCGCAUUAAUGGACAGCCUGUGCAAGGAAUGUUUGAGAACUUCAGUACAGAAGGGUUUUUCUUCCCUGUUGUAAGCUUAUCAGCAGGUGUAAAAGUUCGUUUCUUAUUGGGUGGACGUCAUGGAGAAUUUAAAUUUCUGCCCCCUGCUGGCUAUGCUCCCUGUUUUGAAGCAUUGCUUCCAAAAGAGAAGAUGAAACUGGAACCAGUGAAAGAAUAUAAGAGAGAUUCUGAUGGAGUGAGGGAUUUGCUGGGUACAACACAGUUCCUCUCCCAAGCUUCCUUUAUCCCUUGUCCAAUAGACACCAGUCAGAUUGCUCUUCCUUUUCAUCUUGAAAAGAUCAGGGACAAACUAGCUGAAAAUAUCCAUGAACUGUGGGGAAUGAAUAAAAUAGAACUGGGCUGGACAUAUGGCAAGAUACGGGAUGAUAAUAAAAGGCAUCAUCCUUGUCUUGUGGAAUUCUCAAAAUUACCUGAGACAGAGAAGAAUUAUAAUCUACAAAUGUCAACUGAAACCCUCAAAACCCUUCUGGCCCUUGGAUGUCACAUUGUUCAUGCUCAUCCAGCAGCUGAGGAAGAUCUUAAAAAAGUAAAACUUCCUAAAAAUUACAUGAUGUCAAAUGGAUAUAAACCUGCCCCUCUUGAUCUUUCUGAAGUGAAAUUGUUACCUUCUCAAGAAUUUCUAGUUGACAAACUAGCAGAAAAUGCACAUAAUGUCUGGGCAAAAGACAGAAUAAAGCAAGGAUGGACCUAUGGCAUUCAGCAGGAUCUUAAGAACAAACGUAAUCCACGGCUAGUGCCAUAUGCGUUAUUAGACGAGCGUACUAAAAAAUCAAACAGAGAUAGCCUCCGUGAAGCUGUGAGGACAUUUGCAGGCUAUGGUUAUAGUGUUGAACCACCUGACCAAGAGAUGGCUGUCCAAACAGUGGAAAAAGUCAGCAUCGACAAGAUACGAUUUUUCAGAGUAGAACGAUCUUACGCGGUGAAGUCUGGAAAGUGGUACUUUGAAUUUGAAGCUGUGACAGGUGGAGAUAUGCGUGUUGGCUGGGCCAGGCCAGGCUGCCGGCCUGACGUAGAGCUGGGAGCUGAUGACCAGGCCUUUGUAUUUGAAGGAAGCAAAGGCCAGCGUUGGCAUCAAGGCAGUGGAUUCUUUGGACGAAGCUGGCAUCCAGGAGAUGUGGUUGGUUGUAUGAUAAACUUGGAUGACAAAUCAAUUAUCUUUACUCUGAAUGGAGAGUUGCUUAUAACCAGUAAAGGUUCAGAACUUGCAUUUGCUGACUUCAGCAUAGAAAAUGGUUUUGUUCCAAUUUGUGCACUGGGUCUAUCUCAGAUUGGUCGUAUGAACCUUGGAAUGGAUGCCAGUACAUUCAAGUAUUAUACAAUGUGUGGCCUUCAAGAAGGUUUUGAACCUUUUGCUGUCAACAUGAACCGAGAUGUUGCUAUGUGGUUUAGUAAACGCUUACCAACAUUUGUCAAUGUGCCAAAAAAUCAUCCUCACAUUGAGAUAUGGAGAAUUGAUGGAACCAUCGAGAGUCCACCUCGGUUAAAAGUUACUCACAAAACAUUUGGCACACAGAACAGCAACUCAGACAUGAUAUAUUGUCGUCUGAGCAUGCCCAUUGAGUUCCGCUCAUCAUUCAGCUUUGACAUGGGUGUGGAAAAUGCCUCAUCUGAUGUUUUCCAGAAAAGAAAACACAGCCAAGAAAUUGCUGCUGCUCCUACUACAUGUUUUUAUUCACUACGAAUAUUUGCUGGCCAAGACCCAUCCUCUGUCUGGGUUGGCUGGGUAACACCAGACUAUCAUUUUUAUAGUGAGAAUUUUGACCUCAAUAAAAACUGUACAGUAACAGUUACUUUAGGUGAUGAGAGAGGCAGAGUUCAUGAAAGUGUGAAGCGCAGCAACUGCUACAUGGUUUGGGGAGGUGAUAUAAUUGCUAAUUCCCAGAGAUCAGGUCGCAGUAAUGUUGAUUUAGAAAUCGGAUGCUUUGUUGACCUGGCUACUGGAAUGUUGUCAUUCACAGCCAAUGGAAAAGAGCUUGGCACUUGUUAUCAGGUUGAACCAAACACAAAGCUCUUUCCAGCGACUUUUGUGCAGCCUACGAGCACUAACUUGAUUCAGUUUGAACUUGGUAAAUUAAAGAAUACCAUGCCUUUAUCAGCAGCAAUUUUUAAAAGUGAAGAGAGAAAUCCUAUUCCUCAGUGUCCUCCUCGCCUUGAUGUGCAAACAAUUACGCCUGUUUUAUGGAGCAGGAUGCCAAAUAGCUUUCUAAAAGUAGAAACUGAGCGUGUCAGUGAACGUCAUGGUUGGGUUGUGCAGUGUUUGGAACCUCUGCAGAUGAUGGCACUUCAUAUCCCGGAAGAAAACAGAUGUGUUGAUAUUUUGGAGCUAUGUGAACAAGAAGACUUGAUGAAGUUUCACUACCACACUUUAAAACUCUAUAGCUCAGUUAGUGCUCUAGGUAACACUAGAGUUGCAUAUGCACUUUGUAGCCACGUGGACGUAUCUCAGCUAUUUUAUACAAUAGAUAAUCAAUACUUACCUGGACUCCUGCGUUCUGGAUUCUAUGACUUGCUCAUUAGUAUUCAUUUGGACCACGCCAAGCAAGCCAAGCUCAUGAUGAACAAUGAAUUUAUCAUUCCAGUAACAGAUGAAACUCGAACUAUUAAACUAUAUCCUGAUGAAACAAAGAAGCACGGUUUACCUGGAGUAGGGCUUAGCACUUGUCUGAAACCAAGCUUUAACUUUUCUACUCCAUGCUUUAUUGUGACCAGUGAAGACGUACCACUUGAUACUCUUAAAUCCAAGGCCAUAAGUAUGCUAACAGAGGCAGUACAAUGUAGUGGUACUCAUAUAAGAGACCCUGUUGGAGGACAGGUUGCAUUCCAGUUUGUUCCUGUCCUUAAACUGAUAGCAACAUUGCUUAUAAUGGGGGUUUUUGAUGAUGAUGAUGUGAAGCAGGUGUUACUCCUCAUUGAUCCCACUGUUUUUGGAGAGCAUAAGGAAGAAACAGAAGAGAGGACGGAGAAAGAAGUUGUUACACAAGUUGAAGAAAAAGCUGUAGAAGCUGGGGAGAAAGCAAUAAAGGAAACAAAAGCUCCUGCAAAGGGCUUAUUGCAGACAAGAUUACCAGAAUCUGUUAAACUUCAGAUGUGUCAUUUGCUCAAUUAUUUCUGUGACUGUGAACUACAACAUAGAGUGGAAGCUAUUGUGUCAUUUGCAGACCGUUAUGUAUCAAAAUUGCAAUAUAAUCAGAAAUACAGGUACAAUGAACUCAUGCAAGCCUUGAACAUGUCUGCUGCUUUGACUGCCAAGAAGACUAAAGAAUUUCGGUCUCCCCCUCAAGAACAG